GGCUCACAACCUGGAGCUCCCCACUCCACCAACCCGCCAUGGGUUCGGGUGCGUCUGGACCGUCUGCAGAGAAAGAACCGGAAGAACCGGAACCUGAGAUCCAAAUCACAGACUUGUCGGAGGAAGAGAAGAAACGGCUGGAUGAAGCGGUGAAGCAGGUGACCAAUGAAACCUUGGACCAGAUCCACAAGGAGCGCAAGUGGAAGGCAGCUGCUGAAGAGUUAAAGCCCAAGUUGAAGGCCCGGAAGUUUUCCACCGAAAAACCCGAGAAGACAGUGCUGUUCAUUAGCGAUGGCAUCCUCAGUUGGCCUGUAGCGGCCAGUGCGGUAAAGGAGGACGUGAUGGCCCUGUACUACGACGCUAAAGAACAGCACACGCUGUCGGAUGAUUUGGUGAGUGCCUUGAAAGAAGCUGAGAUCCCGGUGGCUUCGCUGGUGCACUUCGGAUGGAUGUUCCACGGCACCGAGAUGACGGGGGAACACAAGGAGGCGAAUUUGAAGUUCCUGGCUGCGUUGAA